UCACCAUUUUGUCAAUAAUGGUUUCGACACAAACACCAGAUCUCUCUUCCUUACUCCAUGAUUCACUCCUGAUUGUGAUACUCUCGAUGCUACCAUUCAAAGAAUUGGUACGAAAGAGUUUUGUUUCCAGGAGAUGGAGAAAUCUCUGUCGGCAGACGACCAGUCUUGUUUUUAAGGAAUCCGACUUUGUGACACCUUCGGUUCCUGGCCGUGAACUCGAAGAACCCACAAGUUGUGAUGAGGAUGAUGAUAGGGCUUUCGUUGCUGGUGUUAUGCUCCAUUGGGUCUCGAAGUUUACGGGUACAGCUAUCCAAAACUUCGAGAUUCAUCUCUCCCAGCCGCUUCAUUUCGAGGGGGAGCUAAUGUCUCUCAUAGAAUUUGCCACCUCCCGACAUGUCAAGAACUUAGUUCUUAAUUUCUCAGCUGAUGAACCUAUCCAGCAACCCUUAAGUGAUUAUCUACGCAUCAGACGCUUAAGACAUGCCAUCAGAGCUGAUUAUAUACUCAGAUGCAAAAAGAAAGAACUAGAUGUUUCUCGUCUCUUUUUCAAUCUGAUAUAUGUUAAAAGUUUAACGGUUUGCUCUUUUCUCCUUGAGGCGAUCGAAGAUUGUGACCAUCCUUUGGCUUUGCACGAUCCGAUGGAAACUCAACAUUUGGUGAUGAUAACAAAUCUGCACCCUAAGGAAUUAGGGGGAAUCAGUAUAUUUCUCAGUAGCUGUCCAAAGCUGGAAUCUCUCACUUUUGAUUCGGUUACGAAGUGUCGUCUCCGAUUAGUUCCAUCGCCAACAACGAAAGAUCCGAAAACUUAUUGGCUUACUAGCAAAGCUUACAAGUGCUUGGAGAAAACGCUUAAGGUUGUGAAGGUAAAGAACUUCACUGGAGGCUUCAACGAGCUUCAGGUGCUUCAGUAUCUGAUUCGUACCGGGUGUGUGCUGGAACGAGUUGACCUUUACGAGGCAAAAGGAUUGAACCCUAACCAGAAGAGUUUGGUGAUGGCUGGAGUCGAGAAGGCUCAGAAGAAUUUCAAGAAAGCUUCAAAGAAUUUGAGAAUUACUCUAAACAGUGCUUGAUCGAAGCAUUUUCUAGUGAAAAGUGUGUACUCGUUGAGUGGUUCUUUUCACCUUUUGUUUUAUUUCAAUUUCUACAAUGUAUUUCAAUGUUUUAUUUCGAUCAAUUGCUACAGUUUAUUAUUUUCAUAUAUUGGAUUGUUAGAGGAACAAUUGAUGACAAAGAAAUGAAAAACCUAGUUUCCUUGGUUUUCA